AUGGCGCACAAACAAUCAAUCGACUGGAAUCACCCGGAGAGCGUGCCGUACUUCUUUCUAGUAUUUUGGUCAGGCUUGCCAUACGAAGCUAAACGGAAAAUACACCAGCAGCUCUAUCCUUUUUUUCCCAUUCACGCUCAACCGCCAGCACAAGGUGAUAUCCGGCUAACCACACACGCAGUCACCUCUUUCCCUACAAUCCAGUACAGGUGCGCAUCGGCGACGUCGUCUGACCAACAAACACCAUGUCGCGAGCCGGCGGAAAAGGUUCUCACUCCACAGUCACCUCUCGAACCGUCGUUCCACGAUUUGAAUCCUACCAAUCCAUCGCGGAGGAAGAAACGGCGACUGCCUUGCACUCCACAGCUGUCUGACGAGCCGUUGAUUAGCACCAGUCAACAAAUAUGCCCUCAGCGAUCAACUGGAGAUGUUGCGACAGCAGCAGUAUCAUUGCCUGCAGUCACGCCGAAGUUCAAAACGAGAGAUCCGACCAAGAAUUUACCUCAUGGCCCUGCGUAUACGCUUAAAGUGCUAUGCCAACCUCCCAGACAGCAGCCGUCGUCUGUUACCCAAGCUAUUUCAAGCAUCUUGUCUCAGCUUGCUGGACCUCAUUCUCAACCGCUGUUCUCUGCUGCAGAGGACGACUUGAAGAGAGAGGCACUUGCAUCGGCCGCGGGAUUUUUUUAUAAUCAUGGCCGCGGCUUGGAAGCGUGCAAGGAUAUUGUCGAAAAUCACGCCAAGACCGAUUCAACACUGACCUCAGCUGCCGUCGCCCUACGCUUCCAUCCUAUGGCCGUUGUAUUCCUGCGGGACCACUUGGUCGAGUGCGCCAGACUCGGAUCAGCGCGUAACAAGUUGACAAAUUUUCAAGCAAAGGGCAUGAUUAUCAAUGCGCAACUUCAGGUUCCUUCAAAUAAGCUGACGAAGAAGGAAGUCACAAAGAAGAUCACAGAUGAGUUGGCUCGUGGGAUGAAAUAUAAGGACAUAUCACAGCAGUUCUCGGCCAGCACAGUCGCUCGCCUUAACUCUAAAUGCAUAUCCAGGUACGAGGUCAAGCUAUCUAGCGAGCUUGUGGACGACUUGACACGCGAAGGCGCCAAAACAAGCCAUGAGCUACAGGUCCUGGCCAAAAAGGACCGGUUUAAUGAAGAGGUAAAACUCGAAGUUAUAGCCGCAGGCUGUCUCUUGUGGGUGUACUAUCAGUAUCAUAUUACGUUAUUCCCGGACGGCUGCGGUUGGCAGGAUUGUCACUGGCGCAAAACAUCUGCUAGGCCGCCUCACGAACCAGAGACAGAGUUUUCCAACGAAACCCAAGUAGGAAACAUCACAACCGACCUCCCCUCAAGCUCUAACUCUGACAAUACCGGUAACGAGAGCACUGCAUCGCCUAGGCUUUCACUCGACACCACUGUACUGGGAGAACAUAACAUGCCGCUACCGCUCCCCGCUUCUGCUCCGGCAAUUGAGACCUCGUUGCGGCCGUUUCCUUCUCGGUCUCGAAAAAGGACAAACUCCAGCGAGAUGCUUACACUUGCGAUGGCCCAACUACCAACGGACGCAAAUUACGGGAUACAGCGUCGUGGAGCUGACGCUCUCUUCGCCUUUCAGUCAGACGACUCGACAUCACCGCCCAGCGAGCUCAAUUCAGACGACGUAAUUACACUCGCAAAUUGUGGGAUACAGCACGGUAGCGCAAGCGAAGCUGUUGGUGGGAUCGAUGACUCGGGCUUCGAUCCUACCUAUGACAUCUUGAUGAUGGGCCGUAUGCCAUCGUACCCGAGCGAAUUCAACUCAGACGGUGCACCCACAAAUGGUGGGAUACAGCACGGUAGCUCAAGCGAAGCUAUUGGUGGGAUCGAUGACUCGGGCUUUGAUCCUACCUUCGACACCUUUAUGACGGCUUAA